CCCAAUUAACAAGAUCGACUCUUUCUCUCUCUAGUCUCUAAACAAUGGCAACCAUUCCAUCAUUAUCUGCAGUGCCUAGAAGGCUUGAAGGGAAGGUGGCUUUGAUAACUGGAGGAGCAAGCGGAAUUGGCGAAUGCACAGCUAAAGUGUUUGCCCAUCAUGGAGCCAAACUAGUCAUAGCAGACAUCCAAGACGAUCUCGGCUAUUCAGUCGUCGAAUCAAUCGGCCAAACAAGCUGCAAAUAUGUCCAUUGCGAUGUCACAGACGAAUCCCAUGUGAAAAACGCCGUAGACGAGGCCGUUAAGACUUACGGUAAGCUUGACAUAAUGCUCAACAACGCAGGCAUAGCUGACGAGAACAAGGCACGAAUUAUUGACAACGAGAAGGCUGAUUUCGAGCGCGUGAUGAGCGUGAACGUGACUGGAGUCUUCCUCGGCAUAAAGCACGCUGCUAGGGUUAUGAUCCCCGCGAGAAGAGGCAGCAUCAUAACAACCGCCAGUAUGUGUUCUCAUAUUGGUGGUGGAUCCUCACAUGCCUAUACCGCGUCGAAGCAUGCCGUGUUAGGCCUAGCGAGAAACGCGGCCGUUGAGUUGGGACAAUUCGGGAUCCGAGUGAAUUGCUUGUCACCUUUUCCCCUAUUGACGCCAAUGACUUCAAAAUAUUUUGGGUCGACCAACCAGGAGGUCCUUGAGAAUACAUUCAAGUCAUGGGGAAAUCUAAAACAUGUGACGCUUAAGGCAGAAGAUGUUGCAAAUGCGGCUCUAUAUUUGGCUAGUGAUGAGGCAAAUUAUAUAAGUGGGCAUAGUCUUCUCAUUGAUGGUGGUUUUAGCAUCGUUAAUCCUUCCCUCAACUUGUUUCAAUACCCAAAUGAGAAUUGAUUAUGUACCGGAGGCAAAAAGUUUUCAUGGUUUAAAGUUUGAUCAGUUUAUUUCCAAUAAUGUAUUCUUAGGUGCUUUAUCUAAAUAAUAUUUAAAAGUACUUGUAUUAUCUGUUAUGCUUGUAUCUCUACAAUGUACUAUUUUGUGGCUGCUUAAUUUCGUUUUUUUU